AUGCAGUCAAUACCAACGGGACGACAGAACAAUAUCUUGGAGGUCAUUCGGUUCAAGCAAGAAGCACUUGAUACCCCCAUUUCCGCCUCUUGGGGUGCGUAUUCCUUUGGCAAGAGAAUUGUCGCCUUGGGGUACCGUAGCGGGUACAGCCAAAAUGUUACGAUUCGGGGCUGUCGAAGAUGGGCACUUAUGGAAGCAGGUACUGCUGACGUAUUCAAAGACAAGAAGCAUACCGAGACAGCAAGAAUGAAAUUUGCUGGCCAGAUGAAACGAGAGACGUUUGGAAGAUCAUAUGCCCAUCCUUUGAGUGAGAUCGAUAGGCCUGCUAACUUUCUCGGAAUUGCAAGUCGUGAGGGGCAUAUCCAGAACCGGCGUGGUAUGGGAAUAUAUCAAAGCUUUGACGCUUGCUAA